GCGGAGGGUCGCUGAGCCGAGGACGUGCCGCCGCCGCGGGGAAGGGCCCCGUGUGUGACCCUCCGCGCAACCCCUGGUCCCGGUUUUUAGGGUUCGGGUUUUUGUUUUUUCUCUCUUUAUGAGCCCCUUUGUAUCUCAUAUUUAAAAGGGGAAAGGCGUCUUCCCACACCACCUCCGCUUUUUUAUUUUUGGGGGGUCUACGUUACCCAGAAGGCUCGUGUCUUAUCAGUGACCGAGAAUUAUUCUAAUUAAAUGUAGCUGUUUUUGGAGGAUGGAUGGGUGGAGAGAUCCUCUAUUAUUGAGAUUUCAGUCGCUUUUUGAGGCGUCCGCCAGGAAAGCUUCAAGAAACAGCAGGCCAGCAUCGGGCAGAGCUGGAUUGCAAAAUUUGGGGGCAGAGCGGUGUGUGCACAGAAAAAAAUGCUGCUAUGAAGACAUAAUUAUAUCUCUCAUAUAAAUGAAGCUACUACUGUCAUGAUUUUAGUGCUGCAGAAAGGAUGAACUUCAGUGGACAAGAGGGCAUUUUGAGGGGGAGUAGGAUGCUUGAGGCCUGGAAUUUAAAUUCGAGCUACUUCCUGAAGCUCUUAAAUAAUAGAAGAAAAUGGAAUUGAACAUGAUGUCAGCAUGGAACAGUCUAAUGAUUCAUUAAUAGUCAACCAUAAUGAUUCCGAAGAUUCAAAAACAGAUUCUCAGCAUUCAACCUGUAUCGACUCCAGGGAUCCUUCCUUUGGACAAAAUAGUUCUGAUAGAGUUUUACCCGUCACUACUCAUGAAGCAGAUAAUUCUCUCACAUCACAGAAUAUACCAGGGCCCCUGACUCAGGCACAGACUCUUUCUGCAGAGCAAUUUCACCUAGUGGACCAAAAUGGGCAACCUAUUCAAUAUGAACUUCAGUCAUUGGAGGAUUCUAAUGCACAAAUGAUGAUUGUUGCCAGCUCAUCAGAAAAUGGACAGAUGCUUCGUGUAAUUCCAUCUACCCAGACAGGAAUGACACAAGUGAUUAUACCUCAGGGGCAACUUGUGGAUAUGAAUAGUCCUCAGGAUGCCUCUGAAGAGAAACCCAGCAACAGAAACUUACCAACUGCAAGACUGGAUGCACUCGCCGACCAUAACAGUAGUUACAUUCUGCAUCCACAAGCAUCCCUCACAUUGCCCCAAAAGACAGUGACCAGAAUGCUUGAAGAACCGUUUCUGGCUCCUCUCCAGCCACUUAUUUCCAACACACCUAUAUGGGCCUGCCGUCUUAGGAGUUGUGAGAAAAUUGGAGAUUCAUACCGGGGCUACUGUGUAAGUGAGACUGAAUUAGAAAGUGUUUUAACAUUUCACAAGCAGCAAACACAGAGUGUUUGGGGGACUCGCCAAUCUCCAAGCCCAGCCAAGCCAGCUACACGUUUGAUGUGGAAAUCCCAGUAUAUCCCAUAUGAUGGAAUUCCAUUUGUCAAUACAGGGAGUAGAGCCGUGGUAAUGGAGUGUCAGUAUGGGCCAAGGAGAAGAGGUUUCCAGUUAAAAAAGAUCAAUGAGCAGGAAAGCAGGCCUUGUCACCUCUACAAAGCCACUUGUCCAGCCCGGUGGUAUGUACAGUUACCUACACAGCAAGCUCAUCAGUAUCACGAAUUGGAGACUCCCUCCCUCCCUUUGUCACCUUCCCCCUUUCCUGUGUCCUCUCUGGAAGAAGAGGAAACUGCAAUUAGGGAUGAGAAUUGUACAUUACCCUCACGUCUACAUCCUCAAGUAGCACACAAGAUUCAAGAAUUAGUAUCACAAGGAAUAGAACAAGUGUAUGCAGUAAGGAAACAUCUAAGAAAAUUUGUGGAAAGAGAACUGUUCAAAUCUGAUGAGGUACCUGAAAGACAUAAUUUAUCCUUUUUUCCAACUGUAAAUGAUAUAAAAAAUCACAUCCAUGAAGUACAGAAAUCCUUGAGAAAUGGAGAUAAUGUAUCUAACUCAGAGAUUAUUCCAGCAACGCUUCAGUGGACUACAGACAGUGGGAAUAUUCUCAGAGAGACUGUGACAGUAACAUUUGCAGAAGGAAAUUCACCAGAAGAAUCGUCUACCACCAAAGUGGAAACAAAUCAGACAAGGGGUUCUUUGUCUCCAGAAUCAGCCCAUUUGCUCUCCUCCUCACAUUCUUCAUUUCAGCCAAAAAUAUUCACACAACUACAGGGUUUACAGUUGCAACCAAGAUUCACUUCUCCUGAUGGAUCACCGGCUCUGAUAUCAGUAAAUGACCACCUCUCCUCUAGUCCUUCAAGACCUCUGGAUUCAAUAAGAAGUACUGUAAUAAAUAAUAACUCUCUACAGUGUGGUCAAAGUCAUGGCCUUCAAACAGAUACAUGCCUUACCCCAAACAACAGUAUUGCCUCUACCAUGGGUAACCUUCUAGCACCAGAUCAAAAUGUGGCUGCAGUGGAUCAGCUGGUGGACGUUGGAGAUGCUGAGGAUACAGAGAAUCUGGAAGGAAGUGUUCAUCGAUUUCUGUUGGGAAAUGUACAGACCAUUCCAAUACAAAUUAUAGACAGCCACCCAGCUCUUAUUGAAGAAAACCCAGAAGGUACCAUUUCUGUGAACCAAGUUAAACAGGAACCCAAAGAACCAGCUUUGUCUAUGGAAGCAAAAAAAAAUUUUGGACUAUAAGAAAUUAUCUGCUACAUAAAUUGUUGAAGCUUUUCUGAACUGUACAACUCUGGUGACCUCUGAUGUCAUAGAAAAGAAGGUAGAAACUGGAACUAUCAAUAUUUUCAUAAAAUAAUUGGAAAACCCGAAGAGAGUUGGGAUAGUCAAGGAGAGAGAAUUGCUGAAGAAAUGUCUUUGGGUUAUUUUGGAGGUAUUUUAAAGGAGCCAGCAUUUGAUGAUCUUGGAGGACCUAUAAAAAUCUGGUCAACUUGGAAAUAGCGUGCUUUCUGAGGCCCUUUGAGUCUUCUGCACAGGGUCUCUCCAAUGACGAUGGCAAG